AUGGUAGGAAAUCUGACUAAGGAAGCGCUCAAUCGUUUAUCGCAACCCAAUUCCGUACAAUCGCGUCUCAAGAGGCCCCGGGUUGUUUAUGCCAACCCUCGAACGCCUCGGCCUUUCAUGCGGCAUCCGAAACUUCUUUUCUUUGUUGCGCUCCUGCAGAGGAGGAACGCCUUUGGGUCUAUCGCCGCGGACCCAGACUCCAAUCAGAAAGCAAGCUUGGCUCCUGUAGUCAGUCCAGCGAAAAAGCAUAAACAAGACGACCGUCUGAUUACACCAAAUGCUGAGCAACCACCAAAGCUUGCUCCACACAGCUACAUAGCUACAAAACAUUAUCCAUCCUAUCCAGCAACGAGGCCAUCCUCGAAAAAGAAUGCUUCUGCUGCUUUUAAGAUGGAUACCAAUCGCCUACAAACAAAAUCAAACGAGGCUUCUACAACAGACAAGGAAACAAAGCGACGAAAGGGCGCCACAAACCUUGACGACAUGGACUUCAUGAAAUGGUGCAACCAAGUGCUGGGAAUAUAUAGCAUCCUAGAGAUUCAUACGUUCGAGUACUAUGACUAUAUGAAAGCUCUACCAGAUGGAGAUUGGGAUGAGGAACUGGAUGAUGACCGACUAUUUGUAGAUAACCUUCCUAUACUUCCGGUUCGUGGGUUGGCGGCCAGUCGCGACAUAACGGAGGGCGAGACUGUCAUUCGAAUCCCCAUCAAAGCGCUUCUAAGCGUUGCGACAACAAUUGAUCAAGAUCCUGUACUCGGACGCGUGAUGGGACCCGAAGUUCGACACGCUAAUGGCUGGACGACAGAGGGAGAAGAGGAGGCCUCGUUUUUGAUCGAAAUGCCUUUGCUGGCUGUGGCUCUACUGCAUCAUCGCAAACUCGGUCCGACUUCUCCUCUCGCAGCAUAUAUACAGAUGCUGGAAAGCUCACCUAUAGAUUCCAUGCCUUUUCUUUGGUCAGCCGAACGGCUGAAGCAGGAUGCCUCCGAGGGGAUCCGUACAGUGGCUCGUGGAAUACGACGUGAAAUGCAAAAUAUGUACAUAACCUUUUUGGAAGUUCUCAUCCAACAGUCUCCAGACAUUUUUGGCCCUGAGACAGAAGGGGAAGAACAUUUUUUUUCUAUAGAAAAUUUUCAAUGGGCCUUUGCUAUGGUGAACUCUCGGCACUGGGAAUUGCCGAUCGAAGAGCUGGAAUCCCAUGACGCGAGCAAUUUCGCAACACCUCCGAAAACUGCACCAAUAGAGCACGAAGAAGAAGAUCAUCAGGGAAUUCCACCGGCUAGCAUUCCAACCGACAUUUGGACAAAAGAGAUCGGUGAGAUCAACGUUGAAGAAGAUGCUGGAGCUGUGGUCAGCCAUUCGUUUCUAGCUCCAGUGGCGGAUUUGCUCAAUUUUGGGCCGCCCUGCACACGAGGAAUAUACGUUAAAGAAACACAUACCUUUGAAAUUGUGGCUACCUGCUCGUUUAGUAAAGGGCAAGAAGUGACCUUCUGGUACAGCGACGAGUGUGACGAUGUCAUGGUUGGUGUUUACGGCUUUACGCAUCCCAUUGUUCCGCGUUGUCCUAGUGCUGAGGAAUACCGAAGACUUGGGGAAGACUGGAAAAAUAGGGCGAAUGACCUGGAAAGUCUUCUAAAAGUUGCCUACGAAAAUUCAGAUGCUUGCAAUACUGAGCUUCGAAUUGUGGAAGAUAUUCUGGACGAUUGUGACUGUUGCAAAGACGACGCUCGUGAAAGACGGAUACCUCGGUUGCGUCAUGAGAACUCGGAGAAUCAUGGAUCGCCACAGCAAGAGGAUAUAGCGCGACACGGCAUCCGCAAAGGGAAUAGAGAUUCUCAGCCCAAGUCCCGGAAUUCAGAAUUCUAG